UGUUCAAGAUUCUAUUCUUCACUCCCUUCUCUUCAUAUGUUUAUAUUAAGACAUUGUAGCAUAUAGUAUGAUACAACAAGAGACAUAGUACACACCUAGCUGAGAAAGGACUACAGAUUAUGCAGUAAUUAAGCAACAUACGGCCUAAAUUAAUUCGUCGAAUUGGAAGCAGGAAUGUAUCAUCAACAGCAAGGGAGGAGCAUUCAAGCUUCAACAAGAAUGUCGGAGUACGAGGAUUCGGGGCUUGUACUCUCCACAGAUGCUAAGCCGAGGCUGAAGUGGACUCCGGACCUGCACGAACGCUUCAUCGAAGCAGUCAAUCAGCUCGGCGGAGCAGAGAAAGCCACUCCAAAAUCAGUUUUGAAACUUAUGGGAAUUCAAGGCCUCACUUUAUACCACUUGAAGAGUCACCUUCAGAAAUACAGGCUGAGUAAAAACAUUCACGGACAAGCAUACAAAAAUUCCAUGCCGCCGGAUAACGGAGCACAAACCAACAUCCCAAACACAGCAAACCAGACAAAUAAAAACAUGCACUUAGGCGAAGCCAUAGAAAUGCAGAUUCUAGUGCAAAGAAGGCUACACGAACAGCUUGAGGUGCAGCGGCAUUUGCAGCUAAGGAUCGAGGCUCAGGGAAAAUAUCUGCAGUCUGUUCUAGAGAAAGCGCAGGAAACCCUCGGGGGUCAGAACAUGGGAACCAUCGGGCUCGAGGCAGCUAAGGUCCAGCUAUCCGAUCUGGCGUCGAAGGUCUCCACGCAAUGUUUGAAUGCAGCAUUCCCACAGCUAUCAGAUCUGUGCCUGCACCCAGCAGAUUGCUCCAUCGAGAGCUGCUUGACCUCGUCGUCCACUUUCAGAGACCAGGAAUCGUACAAUAAUCAUGUCGGCUUCAGACAGCCGCGCAAGGAUAACAACAACAACAACAACAGUGAUUCAGCCAGCAUGAAGCAGAGAUGGCGCGGCGGCGACGUCAAAGAUGGCGGAAUGUUUGACAAUCUGUCGAUUGGGAUUGGAGUUGAAGCAGAUGAUCUGAUGAAAAUAGAGAAGACGAAUAAGACGACAACAACGAAUCAGAUACAGUUGCCCUUCUUUUCAAGCAAACUGGAUCUCAACACAGACGACGCAGGCUCAAGCUGCAAGCAAUUGGAUUUGAACGGCUUCACAUGGUGCUGAUGCAUAGGGACAUUUGUACCUAAAUGGGUUGAUAUGAUGCAAUUCAGAUCAAAAUAUACUACUAUUUCGCAGUGUCUCAAUUCCUUUUGUUUAAAAGCACUCAUUCAACAACUCAUUUUUCUCUCAGAUAAUUCUAGUUCCAGCAACAGUGGAGACGCUUCUCCUACACUUCACAUUCCUAGCCACCAGUCAUGAUCACUUGAAAACUCCGGCGACUGCCGGAGAAGAGUUCACCGCCGUUCCAGUUCAUCAUCUUUGUAGCCGAAAUAUCGGUUCAUCGCCCGAGGGGCAAAACAAUCUUUAAUCGCUUUCUUAGUUAAAUUUUAGUUGUUGUUUCGUUUUGAACCUUUGCUAUUUCCAGUUGUCUUUUGGAUUCUGAAGUGUUCCGUCUGGAUUUGAUCUUUAUGAAGUUUGAUUUUACUUUUCGUUUA